AUGGUACCUCCUCCACCGGGACCGGGUGCUGCGGCGGCCCCGAGCAGUAUCUUGCCUCUUGAGCUGAUGGACAGGUGCAUCGGAUCGAGCGUUUGGAUUAUCAUGAAGAGCAAUGGCAGGGAGCUCGUAGGGACUUUGAGAGGCUUUGAUGAUUACGUCAGUGAGUACAAGCUAUAUGCGCCUCGUUUGAAGACCUACGGGGCAUAUCAUGGAGAUGCUCGGCUGCGAGAGCCGGUUUGCGAUCCACUGCGAUUGCGCUUGCGCUCGGACGCACCGGGCAAAAAGGCCGAGAAGAAAGGAAGCGACAGGGCGUGACCUGUGCUCGAAGCAUCGCAAGCCUGCUAGAUUGGCCUGCGCUGUGCUGACUUGCCUUCUCAUGUCUAAUGCAGACAUGGUGUUGGACGAUGUAACCGAAUGGGAGGGCCAUGGUGAGAGCAGAAAGAAGACAAAGUUGAAGCAGACCCUCUUGAAUGGUGCCAACAUCUGCAUGGUGAGUAUGCCUGCUCAGCAAAGAUUGACAAGCAAGAUGCAAAAGCUGGGAAUUCGAGGAAAGCUGAUGGCUCCGUCGAUCUGUUUCAUUCACAGAUGAUUCCAGGGGGAACAGGACCAGAUUCAUGA